GGCAGCGGGACUUUGAACUAGAGGUGACAAAUCACUUGGUGCAGUCAACCACACACGCACAGUCAUUGUGUUUCUCAACCAAAAAUAGAUGAACCAGUCAGUACUCCUCUGCAUAGGAACUGAGGAAGAACGAGUCUGAUAACUCAUCUAUCACUCAUCGUCGUCGACCUCUUCCUUGCCGAAGGUAUUGUCAGGAAUGAAAGAAAAGAGAAACACACGAGCGAAGCAACCAACGCACCCAUCCUCCCCACCACAAGAGACAGACAGACAGACAGACAGAAGGGUCGGUGGCUGUGGCACGCAGAUGGAUCAGACCAGUACGCCACGCCACACGCGACUGUAUCUACAGGCCUGGAUGACUGACGCACAGACAAAGGCCCCCCCGCCAUUCACUGCAGUACAGAUGACACACCCGGCAGGCAGACAGACAGACAGACAGAUAGACAGACAGUUGGGAAUGCAUGUGCACGGACAGUCAGUGAGCUGGCAAGUCAGGGAGGGAGGGAGUGGGCAGUGAGUGCAGGGGCGCGGGGACAAGUCGAAAAUUCGGCAGAAUGCACCGCCGGCAAAGACACAAACGCCUACCGCAUUCAUUGGAAAAGCACAUCCGUCCGUCCGUCCGUGUAUGUAUGUGUACAAUGAAUGUAUGACGCAGACGCACAAACACGAAAGAGAGAUGGAUGUAGAGAUGCACAUACAUGCGUUCACCAUGGCAAAGGAGCAGCCCAGACAGCACAACCGCCUGCCCAGUCAUUAAUUGAAUCACAUCGAUGCAUGCAUCAAGCCACGCAUACAUACAUCUUGUCUGCACAGCGAUCGAUCUACACACACGACAGUAAGUGUAUGUACGUAUAUGUGUGUGUGUGUACACAUACCGACGCGCAUGUAUCGAGCACUCGACAGACGACAAGCUGCAUAAAGAAGCCAUACACACAGAAAGAGAGAGUAAGUGGCCUGCGGGUAUUCGAAUGGACUAAUUGCAUGGGUACCUGUGAUGCGAUUGAUCUCUCAAUUGCAACUAUCUUCGCCUCUUGCUCGAUCGCCUCUUGGAUGUGGCCUUGCGACUGAACUCUGCACAACGGGCAAGAUACCCGGAGAGACAGACAGACAGAGAGAGACGAUCUUUAUGCGUCUGUAUGUUUGUUUGUAUGGGAUUUGUGUCUUUCAUUUCUGACCGUCGUCUUCCUCGGGCACCCACUCCUCAUCGCCGUCGCCGCUCGCCUUGGCCCUCAUCCUCUUGUUCUUGGUAGCAGCCUCGACCUCGACCUCGUCCUCGUCGAUCGCCUUCUCGAGCGAUGUGAGCGCCACGUGAGGGAUGAAAGGAGAGAGGGAGUGAGUGACUGUGCGUGACCUCUGUAUUUCGUGUGGAUCUACGUACCUGCUGGUAGAUGCUUGUCCCGGGCAGGAGCACCUGGUCGGCAGCAAUGUUAUCGAGGGCCUGCAGGGAUGAUCGCCAGCACAGCCGAUAUGCAUCCUCGGCACCGCCGCCACCACCUCCCGCAUGCGGGACCCUUCCUCCUCUUGAUGUUUCCCUCUCCCCAAUAGUCAGCAGCUUUUCCGCCACAUCAGGAGGGCACGGCAGCUCACACAGCUCGCCCGUCGUGCCACUGCUGCUCACAUCGUCUUCCGUGUCAAGGGUCUCCCCAAUGUGGCGUGGAUGGACUCUGCCGGAUCUCUGUCCAGCAAGG